ACCUGUGUCAAGGGCCAAAAAGUUACAUAAUAAAAGGUGCAUCAUAUGUUUGUCAUCUGCAUUACUAUGGGGAGCAAGAUGUCCACGAUGCAUCCAUUGUUAGUUACUGCAGCUUACGACUUUGGAAUUCAGUGGGUACUAUGGGUGUUUGCAGCUCUUUUCCAAACCGAAAAAUUCUACGAUUUGGCUGGCUCAGCAACCUACAUAUUUCUUGCCUGGCAAACCCUUCGAUCAACAGGAACUUUUCAUCUUCGCCAAGUGCUCCAAACUGGCUGUGUGACUACAUGGGGUGUUAGAUUAGGAUCGUACUUGUUUACUAGAAUCCUCCACGAUGGCCAUGACAGCCGAUUCGACAAAGUACGUGGAAAUCCAAAGGUUUUCUUUAUCUACUGGACCAUUCAAGGCGUUUGGGUGUUCCUAACUCUACUUCCUACUAUCAUUUUGAACACUACAAGAAAAGACGUCGAGCUUGGAUGGAGAGAUUAUCUUGGAUGGGGUCUUUGGACCCUGGGGUUUCUUCUUGAAGCAACAGCCGAUCGACAGAAGAGCGUAUUCCGAAGUGAUCCUGUUAAUAAAGGCAAGUGGAUAUCAUCUGGAUUAUGGAGCCUCUGUCGACAUCCAAAUUACCUGGGCGAAAUACUCCUCUGGGCUGGAUUGUUUCUUCCUGCUUCCACUGUCAUGAAAGGCUGGGAGUUUGGUAGUGUUAUAUCCCCUUUCUUUGUCGCCUAUCUGCUGAUUAGAGUUAGUGGGAUCCCUCUUCUUGACAGACAAGCACUUAAGAGAUGGGGGGAUAUCCCAGCUUAUCAGAGGUACAGGCAGGAAACAGCUAAACUCAUCCCAUACAUUUGGUAAAUGCAUAUACUCGACGAACGGUUGCGUUACCAAGGAUUACUUGGUAUACAUAAAGGUCACAUGUCUUACAAAUCUUACUACAUGUGUCAGUGUAGCAAAAAGAUGAAUGUUCUUCAAAAAACUUAUCAUGUAUGAACUAUUUUGAAUUGYUUUCAACUUAUUGUAUUUGAAACUGGAUUACAUGUAUGUUAUAAAUUUGAUGAAAUUUAUUUAUUACCUUGUAAAUUUAUACAGUAUGGAAAUAAUUAAUCAUUUGUUGCUUUCUGAAAAAAAAUCCAAGUCCCUGAUAGCAGACGUGAAUAGGCUUACGGAAUGAUGGAUUUUUUUGUAAAUAAUUUGGUCCUGAUUACCUUACKGAUUCAGAGUAAAAUUUUAAUGGAUUGGUAGAUCUUGCAAAUUCAAUGGAA